CACUUCCUUUGAAUUUCAAGAAAAGAAACCUUUGAAAUGUUCAUGGGAAAAUGCGACGAUGAUUUCUCUGUCUCCGAAUUAGAAAUGUUGAAUGGAAAAGUAAAGGAUCAAGAAAAGAAAACCACCAACAUUUCAAGCUCUCACGCAACAACGCCGAUGAAAUAAAAUUUCCUCAUCACUUCCUUUGAAUUUCAGUUUACAUACCUUUCUUCCUUCCUUCCAUUCUCCAAAAUUAUAUAUAUAUCGUUUGUUCCUAUCAUCUCAUCCCCUCAUUGUCUGCAAAUAUAUAUUUUAAGUUUUAGGUCACAAUUAAUAAUUAGUAUAUUACAACCAAAUGGAAGGUGAAAGGAUUGAAUUGCUCAGUGGAGUUGAGGAUCAUCAUGGAGGAGUCGUUGUAGACGUCCAAGACCCUAUGGAUUCUACGCUCUUCUCUUCUAUAUUGCAAGCUUCAAUCUACAAGUGGAGCCAACAGGGCAAGAAGGGGGUCUGGAUCAAGUUGCCCAUACAACAUUCAAAUCUUGUUGAUCCUGCAGUCAAGGCUGGAUUUAGGUACCACCAUGCUGAGCCAGAUUACUUGAUGCUUGUACGUUGGAUUCCAGAUACUCCUGAUACCCUUCCUGCAAAUGCUUCACAUCGAGUCGGUGUUGGUGCUUUUGUCAUCAACAACAACAAAGAGGUGCUUGUGGUUCAGGAGACAGGUGGCAAAUUCAGAGGUACAGGUGUAUGGAAGAUGCCAACAGGAGCUGUUAAUGAAGGUGAGGAUCUCUGUGAAGCUGCAAUUAGAGAAGUCAAAGAAGAGACAGGGAUAGAGACAAAGUUUGUUGAAGUUUUAGCAUUCAGGCAAAGCCAUAAGUCGUUCUUCGAGAAAUCAGAUUUGUUCUUUGUUUGCAUGUUGCAACCUCAAUCGUUUGACAUUCAGAAUCAGGCUUCAGAAAUUGAGGCAGCGAAGUGGAUGCCAGUUGAAGAUUAUGCUGCCCAGCCUUUUGUGCAAGAUAAUGAGCUCUUUGACUUUAUUAGAAAAAUAUGCUUUUCAAAGCUGGAUGGGAACUACAACGGUUUUUCUAACGUGCUUACUUGUACAUCUUCUGGCAAAAAAACCUAUCUGUAUUUUAACAACCGGGAUGCCAGCCUUUCGUUAGCUUCCAAAGAGGAUCAAGCUUGACAUGUAUAUGCUUGCAAGUUGCCAAGUUGCCGUUACAUAUACUUGUAAACUUUGUGGAACAACAUUUGUGGACAGCAAACUCUAGUAGACACCUAGAUCCUAGAUAGAUAAAAAGAGAGAAGACAGAUAAGUAUAUAUAAUAAUACUAUGUGAUAAAAAGAGAAAAAGAGAGUGAAAUAAUAGUUGUUAAUAAAAAUUUUGGUAUAUAGAGGUGUUUAUAUACCAUUACUUAAACUUUAUUUGUUAAUAGUACUUACUUCAAGGUGUAUACGUAACUUUAUUGGGGAUGAUGUCAUACGAACACUAAGAAAGUUGUUUUUGAAAUUGGGACCUCUAUCUAAUAUUGGAUCAGAAAUUUUUGAGGUGGAAAAUAAGUGUAGGCUAGUAGAAUAAGAUUCUAAAAAGAACAGGAACUUUUGUUAGUACGAGGAUGUUUUUCUUGUGUUUUGUACGGUUUCAUCUGAAAGUCUCAGGUUCAGAAGAGAUGGACUAGGAUUCUCAGCAUUUAAAAUGUAACUGUAGGUCAUGCAGUAACAUCCGUGCAGUGGUGCAGUUCAAUCUUUCACAAUCUAUUCUUUUUCAAU